AUGGCGAGUGCCCUCCGUGCGGUGAACUUCCUGGAGGGCUUAUCCUACCCGCAUCACCCUGUGUUCAUGCAGUUCCCCAGCUUGUCCUACCCGGUCACCGAAGACUUCUUGGUGGAGCUGGGCGGCUUGCAAGUUCCAAUUCAUCUGGACUGUGACCGGAACCGUUCGGCCCACUGGAACGAAUAUGGAUGUAUGAACUACUUCUACGCAUCGCCUGGCAGGUGGACGAACUGCUAUUUGCACGAGGCCUACGUGCAUGGCGGGAUGCCUUAUAUGGAGCCAUCCUUGCCGAUCAUCGACGAAGAGUAUAGCGAGCACGUGGCAGUUUAUCAAGCUAUCCUGCGAGCGCGGGGUUCUUACGUGAUGGCAGAACUGGGCGCUCGCUGGGGGACCUGGGGGGCACGUGCUGCUGCAGCACUCGCGACGCUGAAUCCCAUGCCAUACGUCCUGCACUUCGUGGAGUCUGACGCCACAUAUUGUCGAGAACUGUCAAACGUGAUGGCCCUCAACAAUUUCAGUUAUUCCCUGGAUUGUGACAAGGCUUCGCCUGAAGGCUUGGCCAAGUGGAUCCUGAGUCAGGAUCAUGUUGACCUACUGGACCUGGAUGUGCAGGGGGCGGAGAAGGAUCUCAUGAGCGACCCAGCUCUGCUUGAGGCCAUUGCCAGCAAGGUGUAUCGCUUGGUGGUUGGCACACAUUCGCCCGAGAUCCACGCCGAGAUCGUCGCAAGGUUUGGAUCGUGGAUUGUGAUUUACAACAUGCCAUAUGCUCCGGACAAGCAGUGCAUUCGCCAGUUUCUGCGGGGAGCUCACGGCGAAGCGGGAGUGGACGUGGCACAUGUCCGGCAGAUCUUGGAAAGAGGCUGUUUCAAUUGGAGCCCCUGGGGUCGGAUUCCGAAUUGGGACGGCGAGCUCAUCGUCGACAACCCGCGCUUUGUGGCUGCCACCAGGCACUUCUCUAUGUCCGACCAAGAACUCAUUGCAGACGAGCUCUUGGAAUAG